GAGCCCGCGGGGAAGGCUGUUUGUUGUGCUCGUGUGCGCGCAGGGCUGCGUCUCCGCGCCGAGGACCAUGCUGGCGCUGCGGCAGUCGCCCUUGCGUGGCCAGCGGGCGGCGGGGAGCUCCGGAGGGCCGGCCACGCUGCCGCAGCUGCAGCCGCCCGAGCGCUGCUGAAGGCUUCUGCUUCGGCGCGGCUGCCCUUUCCCGCCCGGCGCUCCGGCUCGUCUGCUCAGCCGCUGCCAGCCUGUUUCUGGGGACCAUGGAAGGCUCUCCUGUGGGCAUCCUUGCGGAGAAGCAGCCCGGCGGCCAGAGACGCCCGACCCGCCUGGGCUGAGAAGAUCCGGACCGCCCACCCACCUUCUCUUCAGGGGCUGUGUAUGGACAUGAGGCAUUAACUGGAAGCACAAAACUUCAGCCCUUUCAUCUUGCACUCUCUCCUGCUUAUGAUGGAAACCAAGGAAGAAAAAAAAGAACGAAGGCAAGGUUACUUUGCCCGUUUGAAAAAGAAGAGACUAGCCAAGCAAAACACAGAAACUGCUUCCACAAAUGCUUCUGGUACCCCAGCAUCUAGAACUCAGACUGGAAAAGAGGAUGGAAGCAGAACUGUUUUGGUGCAAAACAAUGGUUGUCAAGAAAAUUGCAAACUUUCUGGGGAAAAGGAAGACUAUGAGAAAAAAAAGAAAAAGAGCAGCCAGCCAAAGGAUAUCAGGCGCACAGAUCUUAAGCGAUACUAUAGUAUUGAUGACAAUCAGACCAAAACAAAUGAGAAGAAAGAAAAGAAGAUGGUCUCGCAAAAACCCAGUGGUACAAUUCAAUACACUGCUGGAAGCAAAGAUACCCUAAACAACAUAGCACUGAAGUUCAACAUCACACCAAACAAACUUGUGGAACUCAAUAAACUUUUCACACACACAAUUGUUCCAGGACAGGUUCUGUACGUGCCAGAUGCUGAGAAUAUGUCUGCUGCAUCAAAACUAGCAUCCUCAAGUCCUGGAGCUACUGUUUCACCUUCAUCAUCAGAUGCAGAAUAUGAUAAACUUCCGGAUGCUGAUUUAGCAAGAAGGGCCUGCAGACCACUCCAAAGAGUCCUGUCAUCCACCUCAGAGGAAGAUGAGCCGAUUGUUGGAAAGUUUUUAAAAAUGAAUUGCCGAUACUUCACAGAUGGCAAGGGUGUAGUGGGAGGAGUCAUGCUAAUUACUCCCAACAACAUCAUGUUUGACCCCCACAAGUCAGACCCUCUGGUAAUUGAAAAUGGCUGUGAAGAGUACGGGCUCAUCUGUCCCAUGGAAGAGGUGGUUUCGAUUGCUCUCUACAAUGAUAUCUCUCACAUGAAGAUCAAAGAUGCUCUGCCAUCCGAUAUUCCAAAGGAUCUUUGUCCUCUGUACAGGCCUGGUGAGUGGGAAGACCUUGCUUCUGAGAAGGACAUCAACCCUUUCAGCAAAUUUAAAUCCAUGAACAAGGAAAAGAAGCAACAGAAAGUAAACAACUUUGUUACAUUAAAUUCAAACCUAAUAAAACCAUCAAAGGAGGGGAAAGUGACUGAUUUUGAAAUUGUUAAACCUGCUGAAAGUUCUCCCCCAGUGACCCCUAGGUUAGUGGAAACAACAAGGGACUCCAUUAUUCCUGAGCCUUCAAGAAAGUUGGGUUUGGAAAUUUAUACUACAGGACAUUCUGUAGAAAAUGUUUCACUGGAGCUUACCAAAGACAACUCCCUUCUGGAAGAAGAUGGCUUUACUGAACUAGAAGAGACUUCAUUACAGCCUCAUAGCAGAGUAGACUGUGGAGAUGCAGGAACGGUAGAAGCUCCCAAGGACUGCAAAAUAAUAGAAGAGGUCCAGUUGCUAUCAACAAACAAAGAAAAUUCUAAGCAGUCAGUGUCAGAUUCAUCAGGGCCAAAGCAUGAGGCCCCUAAAGAUGUCCUAGAUCUAGAGUCCAGUGAGAAGCUAGAUGCAGUGCCUGAAAUGAACAAGGGUGGUUGUUCUCCAACAAAUAAAGCAGAUAUUACUCUGGAUGCAAACAAGGAGCUGAAUAAAGACAAGCUAAUUGAAUUUUACCUCAAUGAAGAUAAGGACAAGCCUGUGUCCACUGAUGUGUCGUGUAAGACUGAACUCAUGGAAGAGGGCAACAACAUACCAGUGGGCAUAGACCUCACACUUAGCUCUUCAAAGUUGCAAACUGCUGAAGUACUUAAAAGCAAAAAGGAAGACCCUGAUUCAUGCUCUAUUGAAAGGAAAGGACCAUUGUCAGAAGCUGACUCAGGAGCAGGAGCAGAGAAAAAAGAGUGUGAUGGUUCGAUACCUUCCUCAUUGGCAUCACAUCUGGAUAAUAAAUCUGAAAUCAGACUGUGGCUGUUGCAGAGAAUCCAGGUGCCCAUCGAAGAUAUACUUCCUUCAAAAGAGGAGAAAAGCAAGACCCCGCCAAUGUUUCUGUGCAUCAAAGUGGGCAAGCCUAUGAGGAAGUCAUUUACUUCCCAAAGUACCACAAUGGCUCAACAAUAUGGAAAAAGAAGAAAGCAGCCUGAGUACUGGUUUGCCGUUCCUCGUGAAAGGGUUGAUCAUCUGUAUACCUUUUUUGUACAGUGGUCUCCUGAUGUGUAUGGCAAAGAUGCCAAGGAUCAGGGUUUUGUUGUGGUAGAAAAAGAGGAGCUUGACAUGAUAGACAACUUCUUCAGUGAACCCUCGACAAAAAGCUGGGAGCUUGCCCGGUGCCUGCCAGCAAGAGUUCAGGGAUACCCAUGGAGGCUUGUCUACAGUACACAAGAACAUGGAACCAGCUUGAAAACUCUGUAUCGUAGAUCAACGUCUCUUGAUAAUCCAGUGCUUCUAGUCAUCAAAGAUAUGGACAAUCAGGUAUUUGGGGCAUAUGCAACACAUCCUUUCAGGUUUAGUGACCACUAUUAUGGCACUGGAGAGACUUUCCUAUACACGUUCAAUCCUCUUUUCCAGGUUUUUAAAUGGAGUGGAGAAAACACAUAUUUUAUCAAUGGUGAUGUAACGUCAUUAGAACUCGGAGGAGGAGAUGGCAGGUUUGGUUUAUGGCUAGAUGCUGAUUUGUAUCAUGGCCGGAGCAACUGUUGCAGCACAUUCAAUAAUGAUAUCUUGUCCAAAAAAGAAGACUUUGUUGUACAGGAUGUGGAAGUAUGGACAUUUGAGUGACAUAUUUGCUGCCUUAAAAAAGUUGGACUUGGAUUCACUGAGUUCAGUGGAUGUUGAAAAUCAGAAUGUAGACUCAUAGUACAAUAUGCUUUCCCAUUGUUGUGGCUUCACAAGAAGAUUAAGGCAAAAAUUGGAAAGACUACUACAUCAAUAUAUAUAUAUACACACACACACAUACACAUGCACUGUCUUAUUCCUGCCCUACCAACGUUCCUACAACAUGGAUAUGACAUGUUUAUGGAGGACAUUUGGGAUGUACAGGAUUGUUGAAAGCAGUCUCAUUAUUUUCUGUAAAUGUGAAAGAAUACUGUGGAAAAUCACAGCGCUGUAGAGUACAUUCCAUGUGUAUUUUUAUUCAGUGAAUGUGAAAACCAAAAAGAGGGGAAAGUUGUGGUACCAAAUUCUACAGCUUAUAGUGGUGGUUUCCAUGACAAAAAAAAGUAGUCAUUAAGGAUACAGCACUUAGAGGGAGCAUUUUUUUAAAAGGGACAUAUUUAUUCUUUGUAAGCUACUUUUUUCUGAAAUGUAGGCAUGUUUUUCAUUUUAAUAUUUCAAAUUUCAGCAUUUGCAAGAAAGAAUUAUGAUUAAAGUAGAUGUCUUCUGCAGUGGUGAUGAAUUAUUUGAUUUCUUAAAGGUUUUUUCUAUUUUGCUUUUUUUAUUUUGUAAAGAACAUUUUUGUUAUUUCUAAUUAUGGCUUUUGACAGAACACAUUCUGGAUUGAGAUAGGAGCAUUGUCCAUUCCAAAUCUCAGAUAUACCUGUCUGGUUAUCUGGUGAUAUUUGGAGAAAAAGAGUCCUUUUUUAACCAUUUAUUAAGACAUAAAUGCCUUUGGAAAGAGCCACAUUGUUAUGGGGCAGAAAAUAAGUUUUAAGUCAAAGUCCUUAAAUAAGUUGAAACCUCACUGGAGAACAAUAUUAGUCUCAUGCCAAACUGGCUUAACUGUUUUAAAAACAUUCUUCAAAAAUAUUUUAAACCAGUAACUGACUUCUGCUUUUAUAGAAAGGCAAUUAUUUUUCGGCCUGGUUAAAAAAAAUAAGGACAUUUACAUGUUGGUUGGACCAAGUAUUCAUUCAGUGAUAUAAUACUUGAAAACACUGGGCCUAAAUUUAGUUUUGUAAAUUAGGUAAGAAGAAUUCAGUUUUGCAAGUGGAUUGAAAAAGGUAAAAAAAAAAAUUUGGUUAUUUGCUUUUCAUAAAAUACAUUGGUUAGAAAAGGGAAUGAAAACAAUGAUAUUAUUUUCCCCAAAAGCUUAUACUAUCUUAACUCUUUGGGCCCUUGGCACACCUUUUAGGUAUAAUGCCUGUUUAGACAGAAGAAGACUGGCGGAGAAUGCUGUGAUUUCUAGGACUUUUCUGUCUAAAAAUUAAUAGGAUUGCACCCUCAAAAAAGUAAACUAAGUCUACAUUCAAGAAUGGAAAACAUAGCUGUGCUUCUUAAAAACUGUUGGUCAGUUUUCGGUGUCUUUCAUUCUUUGGGAGCUUUCACCAAGCACCUGUCUGAACACAAGCUGCAACCUAACAUACGCAUCUGGUGCUUUCCAGUAGGUGAGUCCUGCUUACCAAGUCAGUGAAAUAAUUGUGACCAGCCAGAAUCAAAUCAGCAGAAGAGAUCCGACCAGCUAAUGAAUACUGUGAUAUGCCUUUACUCCACAUCUUAUGUUAUAUGACUCAAUUAACUGGACUCAAAUUGUGAAGAAUAUUUCUUUCUAGUCUUAUUUUAUCUGCAGAAGUAAAAGGGAAACAACAGCUUUCCUUUGAAGGUAUCAAUGGCUACAUAUUUAUAAAGGUCAUAGUGUAAGUUGCAAACAUAAUACAGUGAAGUGAGAGUUGUUGACAAAACUUUAUGUAUGUAAUUACAUGUAACAAGCAGAAACAUCUGUUUUGGAGAGUGGAUACUGUGGGAAGUACGCUGGUAAUCAUUGCUUGCUGCAGCAUAUACUACAUAACAGAAAUGUACGCAUUCAUCACAUGUGGUGGUAUACAUGGAACGUAUGCACAUAACCUCCCUACACAGAAGUAAUAACCUUUAGGCAAUUCAUCAUGUGUAGAACAGCCUUCAGACAUUUGUUAAUGGCACUGAAGCUUUUCACCUCCUCCUGCUAGGUAUUCUGGCCAUCAGUACUACUCUGACAGAUUUUCACUACAACUAUGAGCUACUAUUAGCAUAACAUUUUGAACUCAUAAAAGAUGGUUUUAUGAUGAUGGGACACUCGUGAGUUACAAGGAAAAGGUUUUUGAUAUUUGAAAUAUUUCACUACUGUUAUUAUAUUAUUCCAUUGUCAGAGCAUAUCUGAAACAUUUGUGUUCUAAAUGCAAAACAGUGUUGUCCUAUCAAGAUUCUGUGACCCUUCAAAAAAUUGAUAUUUAAUAUAUGUAAUGCAGUGCUGUUGCAACAUUUUCAAUAAAGGAAUUUAUGCAUUCAGA